AUUGUGAGCAGUCCUUUGAGAAUAUUUUUGAUGCCUUGUUCACGUCAUUUGGUUGGCCAUAGCAACCAACACCACCAUGAUACCAUUCGAGAAGACUACGUGUUGAAAUUGGAGCUCGUCGCAAUAUGGAUCGGAACAUUAUAUAAAGGGCUCACCCUACUCCUCAGCGGCAAAAUCAUCUACCAGUCGCCUUCUUCCAUACAUCUCUCUUGAAGGAACUUGCAAACAUAAAAGAUGAGCGGUGUCGGACAGAUGGAAACCACCCUUUGGACUGGGAAGCCUUCACUUUUCAAGUUUGCCGACAAAGGCGGCUACACGUUGGGUGCUGAACCUCCUCUUGCAUCCAGCCGCCUAACAUACAACACCAACGACGCGUCCACUUUGGACCGAUUCAAGAUCCGUGAGCUUUGUGAGGGUUGGCCGCUCCACCGUGAUGCCUGCGAGUGGACGGAUCUCCGGGAAAUCUUCGACCCCGAUGCCUUUAUCAACAUCAGCUGGCAGCAGAACUAUCGGGACAAGGCCAUUGAGACCUGGGCUGAGGGUUGGGCCAAGGGCGAUUUCAUCUGUCAUCGUGUGCUUGGUCACGCAGUGGAUAUCAAAGGUGACCGUGCUAUCGAUAAGAUGAAAGUCACGAUCUCCUGGCGUUUUGCGGAUGAGAAUGGAGUCGAAUGGGACAGUGAUUGCGAUUGUCGCUUUGUAUUCUUCUUGGGGAAGCAACCCGAUGGAUGGAAAAUCUUCUGCAAUCAUCCGAUCUAUGAGAAGGAUAAAAUGGUGCCCGUGGAUGCGACCCGACUUCCAAACAUUGACCAUGAAUCCUUAGCCAAGGAGCCUAAGGGCUACCAGUUUCUGGCCUACGGUAUGCGCCGGUUAGGUUACCCGAUCAAGCAGAACCUGCCUCAGUUAUUUGGCAAAGAGCGAGAUGCCCUCUAUCAGGAAAUGAUUGAGUGGCUAAACGGUGAGGACAUUGAUUUUUCUCAAGACAAUUUUUGAAAGUUCCCAUUUGCGUGACAUAGUGUGGCGUAACCCGGAACCAUGUCUAUGAUUUGUCUUCAACGCGUGUGGGCAUGCAUUUCUUCAGUCCCGCGAAAACUGUAUCAAAAUCUCCUCUCCUUUGACUUUUGAAUUGAACCAUUCUUUUAUUUCAAUUCGAUCUUCAACAGCUGUUGCUCCACGGAGAACAUCCGACUCGGCUACUUUGAAGAUAGCCAUGGUGACUUCAUACAUCGCCAACGACUGGGCAAUGCAUGCUCUAGUACCUUUUCCAAACGCGAAGAAAGCUGUGAGCAUUGCGUCGUCUGCAUUAUCCC